AUGUGGCUCUGCUCCCUGCUGCCUGCCCUCACCCUCGCCUUCACGGGCUCUGUCCCCGGGGCCUCCCUAUCCGGGCCGACAGGCUGGCACCUGCCGGGGAAAAGUGCCCACUUCAACCAGCCUGGGGACGUGGUGGUCGGGGGCAGCUUCUCCAUCUUUCGCUUCAAAACUGGCCCCCUGUUCGAUUUCACGGUCCCGCCAGCCGAGCAGGCGUCUGUGAUCGUGUCCUUGUGGGGCUACUGGGUGGCCCAGAGUUUUGUCUUUGCCGUCGAGGAGAUCAACCGGGACGGCCGCCUGCUGCCCAGCCUCACUCUGGGCUUCUCCAUCUGGAACUCUGGGGACUUGGUGGUGGGAGCCCUCCACGAGACGAUGGCCUUGCUCACGGGGUGGGAGGAGCCAGUCCCCAACUACGAGUGUCAGCUCAGCCCGCCCCGGGCCGCCCUGGUGGGAGACACGCGCUCGGCCGUGUCCAUCCCCAUGGCCAGGCUGCUGGGGCUCUACAAGUUUCCCCAGGUCAGUCACUCAUCCACUCUGGCCAGCCUCAGUGACAAGACCCAGUUCCCGUCCUUCCUUCGGACCGUGGCCAGUGACCUCACGACCUCCCGUGCGGUGGCACACCUGGGUGUCCACUUUGGGUGGUCCUGGGUGGGUCUGGCCCAGGACGAUCACUACGGGCAGCAGAGCAGCUCACUGGUGACCCAGGAGCUGGGCCAGGCUGGCAUCUGCAUCGAGUUCCACCUCUACGUCCCCUCCCAGCAGUCCCUGGAGAAGACGGAAGCCAUCGUCCGGGAGAUGGUGCGCUGCACCGCCACUGGCAUCGUCGUCUUCCUGAGCAACUCGAACUUUCAGCUGAUCCUGCAGGGCUUGCUGGGCCAUGGCAUCUGGGGCCGGGUCUGGGUCAGCGGGGACACACUGCACGCUGUGUUGGCCCUGGCCGCCCCGGGCGUGUCCCAGCUCCUGCAGAGCUCCUUCAGCCUCCUCCAGCACAGCAGCCAGGUCCUCGGCUUCCCCGAGUACUUUGCUCGCCUGCACCCCGCCCAGACCCCAGAGGACAUGUUCACAGAGAGAUUCUGGGAGGUCACCUUUGGAUGCACGUGGCCCCGCAGAAGCCCAGGGCCAGCGGGGAAGAGCUCCGCAGCAGGGGGAGUCCGGUUCUGCUCUGGUAAUGAGAGCCUGAGGGGCCGGGAGCACCCUUUCCAGGAGGUGAGUAAAGCGGACAUCGGGUACCCGGCCGUCUACAGCAUCGCCCACGCCCUGCAGGACCUGGGCACCUGUGAGCACGAGCAUGGGGACAGGACGUGCGCAGACCCUCGGCACUUCCGGCCCUGGCAGCUUCUGCAUUCCCUCAGGAAGGUGCAUUGCAAGACCCCCGAUGGGACGGAGAUUGUUUUUGAUGCCAAUGGAGAUAUGGUUACAAAAUAUGACAUUCUUCAAGGGCAGAAGACCGCCGAAGGCCUAUUCCACUUUGUCCGCAUAGGCGUACUCAACCCACAAGCUUCCUCAGGGGAGAGACUGAUGGUCCAGUUGAUGCAGGAGGAGCUCCAGGUCCCCAGCUCUGCCUGCAGCACGAGCUGUGCUCCAGGGUCCAGCCAGAUCCUGCGCCAGGGAGCCCCGCACUGCUGUUUCGACUGCAGCCCCUGCCCCGAGGGACAGUUCGCAGACCAAAGAGACAUGAAGCAGUGUCUCCUGUGCCCCGGGGAGCAGGCGCCCAGCCAGGCCCGGGACCGCUGCCUGCCCAGGCCCGAGGCCUUCCUGGCCUUCGACGAGCCCCUGGGGCUGGCGCUGGCCUCGGGGGCGCUGGCGCUGGCCGGCCUGGCGCUGCUGGUCCUGGCGCUGUUCGUGCGGCACCGCGCCUCGGCCGUGGUCAACGCCAGCAACAGGGCGCUCAGCUGCGUGCUGCUCGCCUCCCUGGCGCUCUGCGCCCUCUGCGCGCAGCUCUUCCUCGGCGGGCCCAGCGCCGCCUCCUGCCUCCUGCGCCAGAGCGCCUUCGCCGUCGUGUUCACCGUGGCCGUCUCCUCCGUACUGGCCAAGACCCUGACCGUGGUCCUGGCCUUCAGAGCCACCAGGCCGGGCGACUGGCUCCGGGUGUGCCUGGGACCCAGCGCCUCCACCGCGGUCGUCCUCGGCGCCUCGUCGGUGCAGGUCAUUCUCUGCGGCGUCUGGCUGGCCACCGCGCCCCCGUUCCCGGACAGGGACACUGCCUCCGAGCCCGGCCACAUCGUCCUCCAGUGCCAGGAGGGCUCCGGCGCAGCCUUCUACUGCGUGCUGGGCUACCUGGGCCUCCUGGCCGGGGGCACCUUCUCUGUGGCCUUCCUGGCCAGGGGCCUGCCCGCCACCUUCAACGAGACCAAGUUCCUCACCUUCAGCAUGCCGCUCUUCUGCAGCGUCUGGACGGCCUUCCUGCCCCUGUACCACAGCGCUCGGGGCAAGGCCACUGUGGCUGUGGAGGUCUUCUCCAUCCUGGCCUCCGCCGCAGGGCUUCUGGGCGGCAUCUUCAUCCCCAAGUGCUACAUCAUCCUGCUGAGGCCCGAGCAGAACGCCCUGGCCCGGUUAAGGCGUGGACGCGGGGCUGAGAGGGAAAGGCAGAGUGAGGAGCUCCGGAGCAGGCGUCCCCCCAGGCCCUGGCCUUAGAGCCUCCUGAGCCAGUCCUCGCUGAAGACGCUGGGGCCUCAGGAUUUGGGCUCACUGUUUUCUUGCAAUUUAAAAGAGACUUUAAGAGAGAUCAAGAGAGAGAAAGCACAGAGUGCAAGAUGUUAAUGACUGUUAGAUCAAGAUGCAAGCAAGUGGAUGGUCACUGACUAUUCUCCUUGUAUAUAUUGUGCAAAAUUUCCACAAUUAAAAAAAGUUUGAGGGCCGCCCCGUGGCUUAGGGUUAAGUGCGCGCGCUCCGCUGCUGGCGGCCUGGGUUUGGAUCCGGGCGCGCACCAAUGCACCGCUUCUCUGGCCAUGCUGAGGCUGCGUCCCACAUACAGCAACUAGAAGGAUGUGCAGCUAUGACAUACAACUAUCUACUGAGGCUUUGGGGGGAAAAUAAAUAAAUAAAUAAAAUCUUAAAAAAAAAAGUUUGAAAAAAGCCUAUGAUGCAAUAAUAAUAAUCUUAAAGAUGAUAACAAAUGUUGGUGAGGAUGUGGGGAAGUUGAAACCCUCAUCCUCUGCUGGUGGGAAUGUAAAAUGGUGCAGCUGCUUUGGAAAACAGUUGGGCAGUUCUCCAAAAGGUUAAAGGUAGAAUUAGCAUAUGACCAAGUAAUUCCACUCUUACAUAGGUACACAAGAGAAAUGAAAACAUAUGUCCACACAAAAACUUGUGCACAAAUGUUAAGAGCAGCCAAAAAGUGGAAACAACUCAAAUGCCCUUCAACUGAUGAAUGGAUAAACACAAUAUGCCACAUCAUACAAUGGGAUGUUAUUUGACAACAAAAAGGAAUGAAGUACUGACACAGGCUAUAACACAGAUGACUCUUGGAAAUAUUCUGCUAAGUGAAAGAAGCCUGUCACAAAAGACCAUAUACUGUAUGCUUUCAUUUAUAUGAAAUGUCCAAAAUAGGCAAACCCAUAGAGGCGUCAAGUCGAUUGGUGGUUGCCUAGGCCUGGGAGGAGAAGGGAUUGGUGGGUGAUGGCUAAAGAGUGCAACCUUUCUUUUU